CGAUACAAAGCUUUUUUAUUAUUAUUUAUUGGUAAACUGAACAUUAAGUGUGAAUGGAAGAUCUAGCACAAUCGGUACCAAACAUGCGGCUUACUGAUCAGAAACAAAUUACAAAAAACACCGAGUCAAAGGGCAGCGUAGAACGCGUAACAAGUGUCACUCAAAAAUCUAAUAGUUUGCUUCCUUCACCUUCAAAUUACAGCGUCGAGGUGAAAGAGAUAGAAGAAAAGCUUAAAAAGCUCACUAUUUUAAGCAGUAGUAAAAAGAAACACUUACUUACUGAAGAGAGACAACAUGUCAAAACUGCUUUAGACACAUUACCUGCUCAGUCAAAUACGGAAUUUAACGUCUUUGUUGAAUGUUCAUUAGCUCUGGAACCACUCAGUUUGUCAGAUAGUGAAUCGUCGGAAACACCUCUUUCGGAUUCAUACGAUAAGUCCUCGGGCUUUGAAGAUCAGAGUCACGUCAGAUUGGAGACUACUGAAGAGAAGAACGAAACUGGAUGUAUUCAAGAGCUGCCUAAUAUUAUAAUCACGGAUCCAUACACAUCCCAGACGACAGAUAUAGCUAAAGAUAAAAAUACCAUUCAAGCAACAUUUAUAUAUGAGGAUCAGUCUUACGGUCAGCAAAAAGAAACAUACGCUUCCGCUUCAAGUAAUACAUAUACCAUAGAGGAUUGUCACACAAAUAUUACAGAGAUAACGGGAGAUGACAUUCAAAUGGACAAUUAUGCGAAAAGUAUAGGCAGUGAUCUUAUUCAAGAGACUCGUAAAAACCGAGAAUACUACUGUGAUAUUUGCAAGACAACUACCCCCACCGAGGAUAUUUAUAAAAAACAUCUUGUGAAUGAGCACGAAAUAAUUCCAGAACCGUUUAUAGUUUCGGGGAAGGCCCAAAUGGACAAUUCUAUUGUAAAUAGAAGUAGAGUGGAAAAAUCAAGAGAAAAUGGGGCCGGAGAUAGAAGUUCCGUUGGCGAUAUUUACUGUGCCUUAUGUCAGCGACAUUAUAUGGACAAAAAUUAUCUUAGAAUACAUGCACAAGCCGUUCACCCCAAAGAAUUCAUCGAGUGGACACAAAUGAACUUCCAGAAGCCAACUUAUCGCGGUAAUUCAAAUACAAUUUACAAAUGUGUCAAAUGUGAUAGCAAAUUAGAAGGGAUCACAUCUUUACAGCGUCACUAUCUCGAUGUCCAUGAAACACCAUUAAAAGUAGUCUAUCCAACAGAUAAAUUGUAUGUUGAAGACACUGAAAAAGAGAUGAAUUUACUGAGUGCUCUUUACGACAUUUAUGGUCCUAUCUUUGGGUCAGAAACUACUCAUCAGCCUGUCCUUGACGAUUUACAAAUUCAUUGCCGUGUUUGCUCGAAAAAAUUUGAGAAUCCUGGAGAUUAUGUUGAUCAUAACUUGACACCCCAUGAUGACGCUCCGGCUUCUCCUAUAAAGCAUACUCUGGAUGUGCUCAGAUUUACGGACUCCCUUAAAACAGACAUCGAUUUGGACAAUGUGGUAUAUGACGACAAGGAUCCGGAUUUUUACUGUAGCUUAUGUGAUAUAAAAUGUGACAAAUCAGCGGCUUUCGCAGAUCACAAGCGCUCUAACAUACAUCUGCACAAUUCGAGCUAUAAAAUAUCAGAACCACCUAAUUUUAAUCCAUUAUUUUACUAUUGCAACAUUUGUAAUCGAGGCUAUGAUACCGAAAAUAGUAUACUUAAUCAUGUCAAAUACAAUCAUGCAAAUGCACAGAUGUUAUCAAAAAAUCAAACGCAUAUUAAUCCAGUAUUCAUUCUUCCAAAAGUUGAAUCAAAAACUAUCGAAAACGAACUGGAUCAUAGAUCAGUAGUGAUACGUAAUACCAUAAAAGCCAUUAUGAAUAAGCCAAUGAAGGAAUGCAAUGCAAUUUCAGAAAUUACCUGUGGUGUGUGUGACACAUUACAGACAACUACGUCUCGUCUACGAUCGCACAUGGAAAAAAAGCACAACUUCGAACAAUGUACAGAAAUGUUGUUCUAUUGUUAUAUUUGUCUCAUUGAUUGUAGAAAAGAGUCUAUAUUCAGUGUUCAUAUUGCAACACGGAAACACAUGAAAGCAGCAUUAAGACCAGAGAAUCGGUUGAUCAAUGUGCAUCAAGUUUCAAUCGACUAUACCGACAAUGAAAGGGAUUAUUGCGAGGUAUGUAGGACAGCCUUUCAAAAUCCUCGCCUUUACAUGAAUCAUAAAGCAACUAUAAAUCACCAAAUUAAUUAUCUGAUAUCUACAUCGCAACAUGCACCCUCUUCUGAACCAACCCAGGAUGCUUUAGUCUUAUGGAAUCGGUAUAUGAAUAUUGUAAGAACGCAUCGUACUAGACUUGCUACUCCAGGUCAGCUAGAAUUUAAUUGUAAUAUUUGCCGUAUAUCAUUUACAUCUUCAAUGCAUUCCCUGCUUCACUUAGCCACUCGCCUUCACAAAACGAAUUGCAUGACAGAAAUCAUAGAAACUAGUAACUCCGAUGAAGAAACGGAUACAGAUACUUGUAAUACCGAAGAAGAAACUGGUCAAGAAGCUUGUGAUCUUGAAGAAGUAACGAAUAAAGAAGUUUGUAAUACCGAAGAAGUAACGAAUAAAGCUUGUUAUACCGAGGAAGAAAAUGGUCAAGAAGCCCGUAAUCUUCAAGAAUUAAUGGAUAAAGAAGCACAAACCCAAGACAUUAAUAGCAAGCAAUCACAGUCGAAGGAUAUCACGUAUUCAAAAUCAAAUGUCCGUGAAGUUCUUCCGAAUUUUUACUGCAAAGCAUGUGACAAACCGUUUAAAUUCCUGAGUCAAUUCCAAAGUCAUUCUAUCACACGAGGACACAGACAGGCAUUGCGUAAUAAUACUUUGCCAGAUAAUACAAAAGUUUCAAACGAUACAGAAGUUUUCAAUGAUACGGAAAAUUUUGACGACGAUGGAUCUGACUAUUGUAAUGAAUUUGAUUCCAACAGUGUUUUGUCACAAUAUGAAGAGAUUCUCCCUGAAAACAGUUUUGAUAAUAGCUAUGAUUGCAAACUAUGCAAUGUCUCGUAUAGUGAACCCUACUUAUUGGCAGAUCAUUUAUCAACUCCAAAUCACAAGCGAUUUUUGGAAAGCACCAUUUAUCGUGAUGAAGUUCGCAAAGCAGAACGGGAUAUUGCUGAUAACACGCACUGCGGUCCAAGCAUUUUUAGCCCAGGUGGAUUUAAAGAUUUGGCCAUUGGUCGGCAGGAAUAUCAAACUUCAACACAUACAUCAGCUGAAAAAUUAAAUAAUGUUUUUCAACUUACAUUCAACAUGGAAAAAGAGAAAGCAAUGCCAAUCAGCUCUGUAGCCAAUUAUCAUUGUGAAUUGUGUGAUGUGUCAUUCUAUUCAGCCAAUGUUUUAACUAAUCAUCUGUUAACAAAGGACCACAAAGAGAAAAUGAAUUCCACAACGUCGGUUGAAGAGAGUACAGUCUUCCCGUUAACAAGAAUGGCUGAACCUCAAAACAUACCAGAGAAUUUCAGUACUGUUGAACCCUUGGCGAAAUGUAAAGUAAUUAGGGAGAAUAAGAAUACAGAGCCAAAGAUCAAAAAUACGACCAUACCAUUUGAUUUGGAUUUACACUGUGAUUCUUGUGACAAGACAUUCACCACUAAACACAGCUCACUUAUGCAUUUUUUCAAGAUGCAUAAGUCCUAUUAUCCAGACUUAUCACCCAAAAAUCAGCCUCAACGCAAACUCAAUGCUGUCGCGCUACACAAACACAAUAUCAUGCCGGACCAAAAUAACCCGAAACUUUUUUGCAGAGCAUGUAGAAAAAUAUUUAACAAUAAAGGUAAUUUUAGAUUACACCUCAUGUCAAAACACAAGAUGAAUCUGAACGAAGACAAUCUUCCUGGAAACAACCUUAAUAUUGUGCUAAACGCACAUACAAUAAAAAUCAUCGGUAAUCCAAAAUUAUAUAAAUUGUCCAAAUUUGGAACUCUGACACAUUGAAUACAAUGGAAGAGCCGAUAGAAAAUAUUAUUAGAAAUCAUUGAAGCAAUCUGUCGGCGACAAGCGUACCCUUGAAUUCAUGUAGAAUUCAACAGUCAAAUAAAGUAACAAGGAC